UAUACCGCGUAAAGAGAGAAUUAUUCUUAUUACUGAUACUAGUAUAUCCGUCGAAGAUUAAUUCUUCAAUUCUAUCUGAUAAUUAAAUUUCUCUGUUUCUUGUAUAAUUAGAAGGAAAAAGUUCAUUUUCCUUGGUUCGAAAGCGUCGAGAUGAAGUACGGGAAGAUUUUGAGUAAUCAGUUGGAAGAAACAUUGCCAGAUUGGGAAGAUAAAUAUUUAUCAUACAAGGAAUUGAAGAAAAGAUUGAAGUUAAUUAAUCAGAAAGUUAUUGAAAGAGCUAAUGAAAAACUUGGAGACGAUGAUUUUUCAAUUGUUAGUGAUGAAGCAGAUGACUUGAGUAGACAGGAAGAAAUGGAUUUCAUUAGGUUCUUAGAAGCUGAACUUGACAAGUUUAACUGGUUUUUCGAAGAUAAAGAACAAGAUUAUAUAAUCAGAUCCAAGGAGUUGCAGGAUAGAGUUGCAAAGACAAAGAACUCGUCAAAUGAUAAAGACUUGAUUAUGAAAGCAAGAAGGGAUGUACUCGAUUUUCACGGAGAAAUGGUUUUAUUAGAAUGUUACAGUGCCCUCAACUACACUGGUUUGGUAAAGAUACUGAAGAAAUACGACAAGCAAAGAGGUGCUUUUAUUCGUUUCUCAUUCAUCCAAAAGGUCUCGCAACAACCCUUUGUCACAACAGACUUGCUUAACGACCUCCUGAAAGAUUGUGAAAUGAUGCUCAACCACCUAUUCUCCAUGGCCGAGCCAUCAGUUACAAGCAAUGCAGUCCAUCAUGAGAACGCAAAUUUUGCUACUAGACCUGUUACAGCUGCCGGUGAGAAUGAAAGUCUUACCGAAGGAGGGGGAGAAGAACUCACCGAAACCGAAUACAUGGAGAGCUUGUACUUGAGGAGCACCUUAUCAGCAUUGAGAGCACUGAAGGAGAUACGAAGCGGAAGCAGAACCAGGAAUGUUUUCUCCAUGCCGCCUAUGAUGUGAAGAAUUGUCUGUUGGAAGAGAGUUGAAGAAAAUCUUAUGUUUUCCUAAUAGCAACAAAUUAAUCAACAAUCAAGUAGUGAGUAAUGUUUGUAAGGUACAGAAGAAAUACAUAUGGAACAUGGAAGAAACUUUUGCAAUUAGCCUUCCAUGGUCAAUAUGUUGUUUAUUCUGUGAUAAAUAACAUACUCGUAUAUCUUGUUUAAAGUUCAAUUCCCACUUCAUAGUUCUCCCUUUA